GGUACCCCUGGGAACUGGCGUUGGUUUUGCAAUGAAAUAUGAAAAGAAACCUAACGUGUCUAUUUCUAUCUACGGAGAUGGUGGAGCCAACCAAGGCCAAAUAUUUGAAGCCUUUAACAUGGCCAAACUUUGGAACCUUCCUUGUAUAUACCAUUGUGACAACAAUGGUUACGGUUAUUCAACAAAGGCAGAGAGGUCCACAGCCAUGACAGAUUUAUACAAAAGAGGAGAUUUCAUUCCAGGAAUAAGAGUUGAUGGUAUGGACAUUUUGGCUGUUCGAGAAGCCUUUAUUUUUGCCAAAAACUAUGCCUUAGAACAUGGCCCAAUUCUAGUAGAAACAAUGUCAUAUCGAUACUCCGGACAUAAUGCAAAAGACGAAGGGACCAGUUACAGAUCCAAAGACGAGAUUAACCUGUUUCAACAAAGAAAGGACCCCAUUAAAAAUUUCAUGAAUAGGAUUGUGAACAAAAAUUUGGCAGAUGAAGAAGAAUUAAAGCUAAUUCAUCGAGCAAUCAAAGAAGAAGUUCAAUUAACAGUAAAGAAGGUCAAGGGCAAAAAUGAACUCCCACUAACCCAUCUUUACGAGGAUGUUUACAAGACUCUAAAUUAUCAUUUAUAAUAUAUGAGUCCGACUUUUUUUAAAGAUAUGUUUUUAAGCAGUCGCUCAAGAUAAAAAUUUAUUUUAUACAAUGUAGUGUGGAAUCAUCAAUGUUCUUGGGGAGCCGAUGUUCGUGGAUUUCUUAGGUCACCCUUAUCCACGAAUUUACAUCCUUCCGAACAUUUAUUUGUCAGCACAAGGUAUUUAUAUAUUGAAUCCUCUGUAUAUAUAUAUGUUACCCACGAAAUCAUGUCUCCACGAACCAACAAAAUUUUGCUUACUAACGAACAUUAACCCCUACGAAUUAUAAUGAUACACCAGUAUU